AUGGAUCCCUUCGAGGCCCGCAGAAAGAAGCUGGCACGAGAGAAAGAGAGGAGACUGGCAGCGGUGAAAGAGACAGAAGAGGAAGAGGCGGCACUGCAGCGGGAGGAACAGCAACACAAGGAGACGGAGACUCUGAAGCGCCACCAUUCCAAGCUUCAGGCGGAGCUGGCAGAAUUUGAAGCCAAAACGCAAGAAUCGCAGAAGCAGCUCGAACAUGAGUUGGCGGAGGCGAAGAAGAAGCUGGAGUCGGAGCAUCACUCCCGUAUCGAGCGCAUCGAAGAGUCUUCCGCCAAAGUCCAGAGCGAGCUACUUGAGAAUGUCAAAAUCAGCGGCACUUCAUCCACCCAAGGAUCAGCACAGGUCGACAAAGGCCGCAAGACAGCAUCCCAGGAAGGUGAGAUCACUUCCGAGACACGACAACACAUGGUAGAGGAGGAGGACCGGGAUAAUAUCAGAGUCGCGUCUACCAGCGCAUCUACCAAACAAGUUCAGCACAUUCCAGCUGCAGCGAUGAUGGUGCCUCCCAAGACUGUUUCACCAACAGCGGCAGCUACGACGACAACUCUGACGAAGAAGACAACUUCGGCGGCGUCUCGAACUCAAAAUCCUAGUGGAGUUGGUUCGGGUGGCAAAUCCAACGCUCCUAGUUCGACAAAAGGGAAGGUAGUCGAUAGCAUCGCUCGAGAAAUCACUUUGAAAUCGUGCACGAUGAUCGUUGGAUACGGAGAGGAGUGGUUUGAGCUUUCCUGCCCAGUCCCCGAAUGCCAACAGAAUGCCAACGUCACCGGGUAUUUCAAUGGCAGGGACGGGCUGAAGAGACAUUUUGGGUCGAUGCACCGGCCACGGGUUUUCGAUUUGACUGAAUGCAUUGUACAUCAGUUCGAUGAAAAUGACUGCAAACGACUGAGUAAAGAGCAGAAUCCUGUAACCAGAAGAUUGCCAGCGAAGCGGACGUCUCCAAUCUCUGGUGUGCCAAACAAACGAAGUCAAAAGAAAGCCCCGGGACGAGAAGCUUCAGAUCAAGAUGCAGAUCAAGUACCGGAGACGAACGUUGCGAAGAAGUCGGCAGCAAUCACAGUCCCCGAAGAAUCCGAACACUCAAUCUCAGAAUUCGCUGUUAGUUCCACCGUCCUUGCAUCACCACCACCACCUGCACAGCGCCAUGGGAGUAUGGCUCCACCGAAGCAGUCCCCGAAAACACCUGCUUCAGGCUCAGCUUCAGCUAAAAAGCAAGUAUCCUUCCAAAUUCAGGAGGAUGUCAUCGAGCCGUUGACAGGUGGUAAAGAGAAGAAUGGAGUCAGUCGACCGCCACCUGACGCCGCGAACGACACCACGCCAACUCGCUCGCCUUUCUCGGAUCAACGAACUAAAUACAAACCAACCCCAAACCCUGCUUAUCCAGGCGGCUCCAUGAAGGAUCCUCGUUUUCGUGAUUCAGAGAAACGUCCCACUCAGGAUACUCCGACAAAGAAGACACAACACAGCCCCGCUGGAUCUUCAGCGCAGAAGAACCAACCAACUCAGCAUUCGAGCCCUUCUGCAUCGUCUUUCCUCGGUAUUCUCGACAAAAUUACAAAUCAGUCCAGUCGGAACGAUACUGGUUACCAGUCACCCACCGGUAAUUCUCAGCUUCGGGACGCUGUACAUGGUGAAUGUAAUUACGUUCUCGGCCCUCCUACUCCGUCUCAGCGUCAACACAAUGUUGUUACUAGACACAGCCAGUCUGGUUUCGAAGGUAUACCCACCGGACCUGCGCGAGACAAUCGACCCAACACUUCUGUAACAGACCAGAACCGUCCGAAUGCUACAUACAACGCUCCACCCUUCGACCCGCCACAUGCACGAAACCGCGGUGGCCGAGACAACAGAGGUGGUCGUGGUAGAGCGAAUCCCCGUACCUCAUCGCACGGUUUUCCAAGAUCCAAUGUUUCACAGAAUGACGAUCCACGAUUAGCACAUACGAGAGAUCAAGAGGAUCAAGCCGGAGAGAGYGAAAGCCGUGCGAGAAACAGCGGGUUGCAUCCUCGUAGGCAGAGAUGGGGCUGA